GGGCGGUGGCGGCGGCGCAGGCGGGGCCGGGCCAGGCCAGGCGAGGCGUGGCAGGGCUCGGCGCUGUGGAGGCUCCCGGCUCGUAAUGGAACAACUGCGGGAUCCGGUUUUGCAAGAAGAUGCAAACAUUAAAGCCAUUAAUGAAGAAUACAGGAAAGCCUUUAUUUUUAUCAAUAAAGGACUGAAUACAGAUGAACUGGGUCAGAAGGAAGAGGCAAGAAGUUACUAUAAGCAAGGGCUUGACCACUUGCUUCAAGGACUUAGCAUUCCAUCAGAGGGUCCUGCGUGUGUAGGGUCCCAGUGGGAGUCUGCCAGGCAAAUGCAACAGAAGAUGAGAGAGACCCUGCAAAAUGUUCGUGCUCGACUCGGCAGUCUAGAGCAAAACACCCCACCAGUACAAGCAUCUCCUGCUAUGAUGGAUACCCCUCCUGGGGUGCCCAAGUUAUACCCCUCCAUUCCUUCCAAAGAAAAGCCAGAAAGACCCCCUCCCCCUAAUUCUCUGUUUGUUCCAAAUCAGUUGCCUGCAGCAGAUGGAAGUGUUGCAGCUGUGAGUCAGGGGCAAAUUCCAGCCAUGAGUCCAUCAUCUGCAAAACCUCUUUGUCUGCCAAAUGAAGCACCUCCUGCCUAUACUCCUCAGGCUACCAAUGGCCACUUUACUGUGUCCUAUGGCACAGACUCUGGGGAGUUUUCUUCUGUCAGUGAGGACUACUACAACAACAAAUGUGCUCAGCCGCCUCCCCUGGAAAACCUGGGAGUGGAUGCAGAUGAGCUGAUCUUGAUUCCCCAAGGAGUACAGAUAUUUUUUGUGACUCCUGAUGGGCAGGUUAGUGCUCCUUCAUAUCCUGGAUAUCUGCGCAUCGUGAAGUUCUUGGAUACAGAUAGUGAAGCUGCUCGGAAUCGUCCACCUGCGUUUCUUCAGGUUUGUGACUGGUUGUAUCCUCUGAUGUGUACCCAGUCUCCUGUUCUGUGCUGCAAUACUGGGGUAUACAUGUUCCCCGACACAAUGUCCCAGAUACCAGGGUCCUACGUGGGAGUAGUGCUGUCUUCAGAACUUCCAGCAUCUGACAGAGAGCUGUUUGAGGAUCUGUUGAAACAGAUGUCUGACCUACGAAUCCAGGUGCCAGGAUCCCAUGAGAGAGUAGGGUUACCUUCAGAGCUCCCAGCAACUAUGAGAGUACAUUUUGAAGAUAAAUUUAAACAGAGGUCUGGCCACAAAGUCCAGCCUUCUGAAGCCUCUAGUGAUGCAAUUCACCUGCCUCAGACUGUACAUAUCCAGCCACAACCUGAAGAAGCAGAAGAUCAGAAAGAGUUACCAGAAUGGAGUGAGAAAGUUGCCCAUGGAAUCUUGACAGGUGCAUCUUGGGUAAGCUGGGGCCUAAUGAAAGGAGCAGAAUACACAGGUAAAGCUAUUCACAAAGGAGCUUCUAAACUGCGAGAGCACAUACAACCAGAAGAAAAGCCUGUGGAAGUCAACCCAACUGUAGCAAAGGGACUUCACGUAGCAAAACAGGCUACUGGAGGAGCUGUGAAAGUCAGCCAAUUCUUAGUUGAAGGGGUGUGUUCUAUAGCGAGCUGUGUUGGAAAGGAGCUGGCUCCACACGUGAAGAAGCAUGGCAGCAAAUUAGUUCCAGAAUCCCUAAAGAAAGAUAAAGAUGGAAAAUCUACUUUUGAUGGUGCUCUGGUUGUAGCAGCAAGUGGAGUUCAAGGGUUUUCAACAGUGUGGCAAGGUUUAGAAAGUGCAGCGAAGUGCAUUGCUAAAAGUGUUUCAACUGAGACUGUAAAAACGGUCAAAUACAAAUACAAAUAUAGGAAAUAUGGAGAUCAGCAGACAACAGACACUAAGAGUGAAAAACAAUAAGUAUGGAGAGGAUGCUGGUCAUGCUACAGACAACGCUAUGAAUUCUGCAAUCAAUGUUGGUGUUACAGCAUUUAACAUUGAAAAUAUUGGUAUCAAAUCUGUUGUAAAGAGAACUGCAAAGGAAACCGGCCAUGCUGUGCUAGAUGAAUACAAAGUAUUGGAUAAUGAGAAGAAGGGUAAAAAAUGAAAGCAAUUAAAUACUUCUCAGAGCCUUACAUUAGAGAUUCAACUUCCUAUUUAGAAGUAACUACACUGCUCAUCUGACAUUGAACAUAAGUUACACUGUACUUUUCAAGCAACUGUUACUUAAUUUGACAGGAAAAUGUAAAAGUAGGAAGAGCAUUUGUAGGAGGAAAAAUGAAAGUUGUCACCUCCUUGUUCAGUACAGAACGAGGAGUUUAAACAACUGGAUCAGUGCUUUAGGCAACUGGAAGGAUAUGAGUUUGCAGUUCAUAUACUUGCGUCUUUAAGCACUUUUUCAAAAUAAUAUAUGGAAUAAUAGAUUAAUAUAGAAAUACUAUUGUGAAUAUUUUUUUAACACUUUAUAUUUAUAAAGAAGGUGGUGAUACAGUAAGAGUAGGAUUGCUAAUUCUGGAAUAAGUAAAACUACCAGUUUUGGCUUUAUAACUGUCCUUAAGAAUUAGUUUUACUAAUCAAGCCUUGUCUUUUUUAAUAUGCACUACUGAAAUAAGCAUUGUGUUUCAUUGUUUCACAGAGAAUUUCUCUUUUCACCUACAAAAAAGCUGAUCUUACCCAAAGUUCAUGUUAGGAGAAAUGAAAGAUGAACCUCAGGUAAUUAGGUAGUCAUUCCCUUUCAACCUUUUUUUCCCCUCAUCCACCAUAUAAGUAAACCAAAGAUACCAAGCAUUUUUUUCUAAAAGAGGGUAUUUACAGGUCUAGAAAAAUGCAUUUUUCAGUUGACUUCAUAAGGAAUAUACAAAGAUUCUUUGAAAUUUAGGUUUUUAUAUAGAGAGAAUAAGUAUGGUUUUCCAUAAGUUAAAGUAUUUUUCUGUGAAAAUAUUAGAUGCACUGGGAAAUUCUAUGCAUUCGGUACUUUUCAACUGAUCCAGAAAGAUUCAGAUUAUAUAUCAUGACCUCCUAAUGGAAGACUCCUAAUGUUUGAACAAAUAGUUCUAGUGGUCAUCAUCUUUAUUCGAUUAAAUUGAUAGUUGCACAAGGGUGUGAAGUGUUGAAAAAGACAAUGAAGACAAACCCUUUUAAUGAAGAGUUGUGUAGAAUAGACACUCCUGUGUAGAUUUGUCAUCCCAUUUGUAGCACAGUAUAAAAUAACUCAAGAUGUUAAAUCCUUGAGAUGCUUUGACACUGCUACUUAUUUAACACUUUACUAUUGAGUUUUAAAGCUGCUGCACGUUCUAAUACUGGCUGGACCUGCAACAGACAGAAUGCCAACAACUUUACAACUUAUCUCCAUUUCAUGUAGGUGGAGAAAAUAACUAUAAAUUGUUGUUGGCAAGUGAUAUUUGUAGAAGAUUGAAAAAAUACAGUAACAACUACUGUCUGUUAGAAUAGGUGCAUAUUUUGUGGUAGCUACUGCAGGUGUGUGCUUAAGGUGAGAAAUGUGAAAGAAAGGAUCUAACCACUUGAAGUGUAACUGAUUUAUACAAAUAAAGAUAAAAUCUCUGCUUGACCUUUUUAUGAUAUGAAGCUACUAUAUGGAUCCAUAAGUGGAAGAGCUAGGACUUCUUCAGAAGUAAUAAAAUAGCAGUUUUGGGGUAUAUAUACUGUAUAAACAAGCUCAUCAACUAGAGCUUAAAUAUUUAAAACUAGUAAGUUCCAUCCAAAGUACACUGCAACAAUUUCUGUUACUAUAGUCUGCCACCUGCCAGCUUGUGUAACCAGUUAAAGAUUGCUGAAGACUUAACGCUAGCAAAAGCAUUUUUUGUUGUUAUGAGCUGUGUUUACAAUAGCGAUAUAGGUAUUUGUAUCUUAUUUCUCCCUCCCAUUUCGAGGUUUUGCAUAUAGCUCAUACCCUUCAGUUUCAUCUAUAAACCAUCAAAACAAAAAGUUGUAUUAAAACAACAGUUAAGAUCAAGGUGUUAUAGUCUUCAAGAGACCACACUGGAGUACACUGAGGAAAAACAAUAUUUAAAUGCCAUCAGUAUCAGGUAGUGCUGUCCUGCUUAACCUGCUGUUCAUGUGUAUGUCUUUCAAAAUGGAUUAAAACUAUUUUUUGAAUGAUGCCUACCCCA